AACUUCAAUGGUGUCAGUACCACGAUAUCUCCAAAUUUAUCAGUGAGCAAGUCAACUUUUAAUCAAACUAAAUUUCAGAGCAAAUUUUUCAACAACGUUUUUUCAGGAAACCAAUGUGCCGGCAUCGUAAUGUUUUUCGUUUUUGGGCUUACCUGUAAUGUCCUUGCCUACUUGGCAAGUGUCUGGUCGGCACAGCUCAAUGCUGAAGUAGUCAAGUCCGCUGUGGAAAAUGAACACACGUUGAGGUUCAAACUCAAGAAAACUUUAUCGGAAGCACCAUCCAAGUACCUAAUCGGACUGCUGAACUUUGGUGGACGUGUUCUGAGUGCAGUCGGUACUGUCAUGCUUGUGCAGGUGAUUGCUGCAUGGUGUAAACGUCGUCGAUACAAUGUUUUGGUGAAAAGUGCUGCUGAAGAAGCGGAUACGGUAUUGGGUGAUGCUCAUCUCGGUGUUACUGAUACAGCAGGAGAGUGUUGUCUCUCUUGUUUUCAGGCUUUCUCAUGA